UUCUCGAUUGUUUGUCUUUUUCAACCAGGUAUCAGCUUUGGAUGAAGAUUUAGGCAUCAACAGCCAGCUUACCUAUUUCAUGCAGAAUGAAGAUAGUGAUGGUUUGUUCUCCAUCACUCCCAAUGGCAUGUUUCAAAUUUUACACAGUCUGGACAGAGAGAGGAAAUCAUUGUACUUGGUAACCAUCAUCGCUGUUGAUUCAGGAUUGCCACCUCUAACAGGAACUCUAACCAUAAAUGUCCUAGUAGAUGAUGUCAAUGAUAACCGUCCAGAGUUUACUGAGGUAGUCUACAACACCAUAGUGUCUGAGGACAGUCCAACCGGCACUGUGUUUGCAAUGAUAACUGCAUCUGACAAUGAUGAGGGUGUCGGCGGGGAAAUAAGGUAUUCCAUGGAGAACAUUGAUGUGCCGUUUGCCAUUGAAAAAACAUCUGGAGAGCUGUUUACAACCGAUGUCCUGGACAGGGAGACAGUAGCCAUUUACAGGUUGAUAGUGAUUGGCAGAGAUGAGCAUCCCACUCAGCCUCUUUCAAGCUCAGUGCUUGUUACUGUUCUUAUUGGAGAUAUUAACGACCACUGGCCCCAGUUUAUGAACAGCCCCUACGUGGCCUAUGUGCCCACUGAGAUGGCUCCAGACUCAGUCGUUUGUGCAGUAAGAGCUACAGAUGGAGAUACUGAGAUGAACGCAGAACUGCAUUAUAUGUUAUACGGACAAAGUUCAGAUCUGUUUUCUAUCCAUUCGUACAGCGGCACUGUAUUUGCUUCAAGUGCUCUCCAGGGAAUGAAAGAUAUCAUUGUCAAUGUACAUGUGGAAGACUCUGGAGAAAAUCCUAAAUUUGACAUCACUACAAUCAGUAUCCGGUUUCAGAACUUUUCUGAGUUUCCGGAGAUGAAUGUGGAUGUUGUGAGCGAUUCCCUCUCUGAGGAUGAGCCAGUGGGAACAUUAGUGGCAGUUGUCUCCGCAGCGAGCAUCAGGGCUGAACCUGUCUCUUUUUAUCUAGCUUCUGGAAACUUUGAAGACAUGUUUCAUGUGGAACAAUUGAGUGGCGUGCUGACAGUGGAGAACCCUCUGGAUUAUGAGAACAAAAAGGAGUUGACUUUGUUGAUAGAAGCCAGAGAUUCUGGCUCGCCUCCUUUCUCCUCAUUUGCAGAAAUUCACAUCAACAUCAGUGAUGUAAAUGAUCACUUCCCUCAGUUCACCCAAGCCGAUUACAGGUGUGAGGUGUUUGAGAACUCCCCGCCAUCCUGGGUUUGUGAUGUUCUCGCCAUUGACUCUGAUUCAGGCAGCUACGGCACAGUGCAGUACAACAUAACAGGAGGAAACACUGAUACGUUUUUCACAAUUGACCCUGAGAAUGGUUUCUUGAGCACCACUGCAAGCUUAGACAGAGAAAAUAUCCCUGAAUUUAAUUUAACAGUUGAAGCUGCAGAGUUAAACAACCCUCUACAUAAAGACACAGCAACCGUUAUUGUAGUUGUUUUAGACAGAAAUGACAACGCACCUCGCUUUUCACAGAUUUUCCUUACAGAGGUAGCUGAGGAUUCCCCUGUUGGACACACAAUUAUACAAGUCACCGUAACUGAUGAUGAUAUUGGUGCCAAUGCAGUAAUUAAUUACUCCAUACUUGACCAAACUGAUGAAAUGCCAUUUAAUAUUGACUUCAUCACUGGCUGUGUCAGGGUUGGAAGACUUCUGGACAGAGAGAUGCAGGAUCAUUAUAUCUUGAAAGUAAAUGCAAACAAUUCAGCAUGGAGCAUCAGCACUGACGUCACUAUUGUCAUAACAGAUGUCAAUGAUAAUAGACCAGUGUUUUCCGAUCAUUUUUACAGCGUUGUCCUCCCUGAGACAAAAGAUAAAGAGGUGUUUGUUUUGCAGGUUCUUGCUACAGAUGCAGACAUGGGGCAAAACUGUGACAUUUUGUAUGUUAUUGAACCUUCAAAUGAGCAGUUUUGGGUGAACGGUUCCUCUGGUGAGAUAUAUACGAAGCAGCCACUGCUGUUACAUAAUCCUGCGUUUAAAAUAUACCAGUUUACGGUCAUUGCAUUUGAUUGUGGUAGUGUUCCUCUUUACAGUGAAGCCACUGUCACAGUAAGAUUAGAACCAUAUAACUACCACCCACCAAUGUUUUUACCUAUGCAGCCUCUGAUUGCUAUCCCCUUUCACAUGGCUGUUGGUACUGAGGUGGUCCAAUUUACAGCAAUAGAUCCGGAUGUCAGUAACAUCAGCGUUGGUAUUGAAUAUGUUGUGAAUGGAGGUAAUGCAUCUGAUUUCUUCUGGAUCCAAACAGACAAUGGAAAAGUAAUGUUAACUCAAAGUUUGGUGGAGAGCAUACAUUUAUUUUUCACUUUAUCAGUUCUUGCAAAAGAUCAGGGUUUCCCCUCUUUGUCAUCACAGACUGAAAUCACUUUUGAAAUAACUGGGAGGAAUCAAUUUUCUCCGAGCUUUAGAGAGCUGGAUGUUGUUUUCUCUGUCCCCGAGGACUUGCCGGUAGGAUCUGUUAUUGGAAGGAUUCAAGCAGAAGACAAGGAUCGUGGUCCCAAUGGUGCCGUUGUGUACUGCAUUACCACAGAAAAUCUAUAUUUCCCAUUCUCUGUAGGAGAUAAAUCUGGGCUACUAACACUGAUCAAAGAGCUUGACUUUGAAAAAGAAAGUAUUUAUCAUGUUCAAAUCAAAGCCGUGGAUGGAGGCUGGGUCUCCAAAACUGGCAUGUUAAAUGUCACAGUGGUAGUUAUGGAUGUAAAUGACAAUCCCCCAGUCUUUUUGUCCCCAGAAUAUACCACGUCAGUGCCUGAAAACUCUGAAAUUGGAACAAACGUUCUAGUUGUGAAGGCUGCAGAUGCAGAUUCAGGUGCACAAAUAUCCUAUUCUCUUAUCGCUGGCCAUGUGGAUAAAUUUGCAAUUGAUUCAAGAAAUGGCACCAUCACCACAUUGGAUGUGUUUGAUUAUGAGCGAGAGCAGAUCUUUGGUAUUACAGUCAAAGCUUCAAACAUUGGUGGCCAUACUUUAUUUAGUUUGGCACACGUUGUCAUCCAAAUCUUAGAUGUUGAUGAGUUCACACCGACAUUCAGGAAAAAAGUAUAUAACUUUUCUGUAUUGAAAAAUGUACCUGUUGGAACUAGGAUUGGAAAUGUAAUAGCUACAGAUUAUGACCAAGGUUCUGAAGGUCAGGUGUUUUACCUGAUGUUUGGUCAAAACAAAUAUGUGGGCUUUGAAAUUGACAAACUUUCUGGAGACAUCUACACAACUGUCAGUUUGAGAAAACAAGGCAACAGCGACAUAGUUUUAAAAGUACUGGCAAAGAACUCUGGCGUUAUCACUGGCAUGGAUGUGGACGAGACUUUGGUCCACAUCAGGGUGAUUGACACGAACGAUGCACCCGUUUUCACUUAUGCCCUUUAUUUGGCCAAUGUUGCAGAAGACAGCCCCGUUGGGACAUCUUUGGUAACUGUUAGUGCUCUGGAUGAGGACUCCAUCUUGAACUGGAAUCGUUUCUUCUUCAGCAUUGCAAAUGGAAACACGAACUUCUCUUUUGCCGUUGAUCCAUCCAGUGGUGUCAUAUCAGUACAUUCUCCACUUGACAGAGAACUGUGGGCAGUUUAUAAUCUGACUGUUACAGCCACUGAUAAUGGCUCUCCACCAGCCACUGGGACUACUAACGUCAUAGUGAUUAUUGACGACGUUAACGACAGUGUUCCCAAACUCACAAUUACUGAGGCUCAAGUGAAGGAAAAUCAGCCUGAAGGCACAAUGGUUGCCAGAUUGAAUGCAUCUGAUUCUGAUUUGCCCCCAAACCAGGGCCCUUUUACUUACUGGUUGGUAAAUCCUUCAACAGCAAGUGUUUUUUCACUGACUCCUGAUGGAGUUUUAUUCACCACACAGACUAUUGACCGGGAACAAAUCUCUGCAUAUCGAGUCCUGGUGGCUGUCAGGGAUGCAGGGAUCCCUCCGCUGUCAUCCACAACCAUGAUCCACAUCAAGAUUGUGGAUGAAAACGAUAACCCUUCACAGCCUAGAAAUAUUUUCAUCGAGGUGAAAUACUUUGGCAGUUCCUUCCAAGGAGGCAUGAUUGGCAAUGUCCAUCCUGAGGAUCAGGAUGAGUCUGACACAUUCAGAUGCACCAUCAAAAGUGGACACCUUAACAUGUUUACCAUAUCUAAUGGCACAUGUGAGCUGUGGUCGUCUCCUUUUCAAGGCGAGGCUACAAUCAACAUCACUAUCGAAGCUACAGACCAGCUUCACUUCCCAGUCAACAACAGCAUCUAUGUAACCUACAAAGGUUUCACGAAUGCUUCUAUAGACAGCUGCAUAUUGUUCUAUGUGUCAGCCUCCUCAAUGGAGGAGUUUAUGUCCAAUAAGUAUUUGCGGUUUGUGAAAGCUCUGGACAGUCUGUUUAACCUACAGGCCUCUAAGACUCAUGUAUUUGGAAUCAAACACAUCGGCAGUAAAAUCCUUCUAUUGGCUGCGGUGAAAAACUACAAUGGUCAAUAUCUUAGCAAAGAGGUAGCCAUCGGUAUCUCUGCAGGCCAUAAGAAAUUACUUGAGGCUCAGAGCAAUGUGACGAUUUCUCACAUCACAAGUGAUCCAUGUCUCACCAGCCCUUGUCAAAAUGGGGCGACGUGCAACAAAAACACUUACAUCAGUCAGGAUGUGGUUGUCCUGGAAAGCUCGGCGGUCAUCUUUGUGUCACCCCAUAAAGAGAUUUUUAAUUGUACCUGUCUAGCCGGCUUCACCGGGACACUGUGCGAAGACGACGUUGACGAAUGUGAGGUGAAUCCCUGCGAGAAUGAAGGCACAUGUGUGAAUGUCCCAGGAAGUUUCUACUGUCAAUGUCAGAGUGGCUUCUCUGGCUCUUUCUGCUCUGCUGAUGUAGAUAAAUGCCUGAAGGUGAAGUGCCAAAACAGAGGAACUUGUAUUCACACUCAAGAUGGAUAUCACUGCCACUGUGUGCCUGGAUUUGAAGGGCAAAUGUGUGAGCGGGCCGUUGACCACUGUGAAUCAACGCCUUGUGGUCAGGGCAGAUGCAUCAAUUCACAGACAGGAUUCUCUUGUCAUUGUCCCUUUGGGGUCAGUGGAGCCCACUGUGAGGAGCACAGUCACGGCUUUGAGGUGCUGUCUUUCAUGGAGUUUCCCCCGUUGGAUCGAAGGAUUAAUUUAAUCUCUCUAGAGUUUGCAACAGUACAGAGAAACUCCCUGCUCCUGUACAACCCCGGAGGAUCCUCCAGCAGGGAGUUCUUUGCACUGGAGAUACUGAACGGGGCCAUGCAUCUCUCCUAUGACCUGGGCUCAGGACCUGUGAGGCUGCACACAAACAAACAUGUGGCAGAUGGAUAUUUCCACAGUGUGACUGCCAGGAGGAUUGGCCAUAUGGGUUCUUUACAUGUGGACAACUGCACAGAUGAUGAGAACAAUGGAUUUUGUUUUUCACAGAGUGAUGGCAGUAGCUUAAAGAGAACACUAGAUGUUGGCAGUAAUAUGACACUGGGAGGAACAAGGACAUUUGAAUCUAUUUUACUGAAUCCGGCUCAGAUAAAAACCCAUGACUUUGUUGGAUGUAUUCGGAACAUUCACGUAAAUGGAAUCUUGCUGACCCCUUCAAUGGCCCUUGCAACAUAUAACAUCCUUGAUAGGUGUCCUCGGACAACACCAUCCCCAUGUCAUAGCCACCCAUGUCAAAAUGGCGGCGUGUGCCAUGACCUUUGGUCUGACUACCUUUGCGAGUGCAAAAGCCGUUUUACUGGAAGCAACUGUGCUACAGAAAUGUCAGAACAGCUUGUAUUGCAAUUUACUGGGAAUGACUACAUUGAGUAUGUCAUCAAGGAGCGAUUCAAAAGAGACUACCUGUUAGAAAACUUGGUGGAUGGUGAAAAAAAAGGAGAGAGAGACCAAACAGUAAUCAAUAUAAAGUUCAAGACCCAAGAUAAUGGAUUGUUAUUGUUUGUUGUUGGAGAGACAGGAUACACUAUGCUGAAGAUAAAAGACAGAAAGCCAGUGUACAUGUCCAAAGAGGCACUGUCAGGACACCAGUCUGAGUUCACUGUGGACUCUCCUGUGGCUGACGGGGUCUGGCAUGUCCUCUCUUUGUUCAGCAACGGACAGAUUACCCUUCUGCUUCUGGAUGGUAAAUCAGUCUUGAACAUCAGCGACAGCAGAAUGGAUCUCAAUCCCGUCAGUGUGGAAAAGAUUAUUUUUGGUGCACUUCUGACAGGUGAUUUGAAACUCCAACAGUCAGGGUUCAAUGGCUGUGUGCAGUAUCUCAAUGUAAGCGGGCACACUCUGCCAGUCAGUGGACACAGUGUGAUGGUGGACGCCCGGCCGAGCUCUACCCUUGUUCAGUUGAACUGCAGCUCUACUGGUGUCUGCCUCCCCUCGCCCUGCUCUGAGGAGGACACAGCCAGGAGGCGUUGUCUCUCUGGACCUACUGUGCACAACAGGUCCUGCAUCUGUUUACAUAACAUUUCUGAGCAUGCCUGUGAUAUCUGCAUCGCCACGACAGAGAGCCUCAAUCAAUGCUCUGAGGCGCAGCGCAGCGCUCCUCUGUGGCUCAUAGCUGUGAUUCUUCCUCUAAUCUCCAUCCCAGUGAUAGGAAUGUGUGUCGCCCUUUACAGAGUGAGGCGGAAGAAUGCAAAGUGUCAGAGAGAUAGUUCGCCACCGAAAACAGAGCAAGGGACAGACAAUGUAAGGUUUUGCUUUGAUGACAAGAGAACACUCACAGAUGAUGAGUCUGCAAAAAUAGAGAAACAACCCAACCCAAUGAGGAAUGAUCAGCAGAGGUUAAGUGGGGAGUUUUACAGUGAUGCCAGUCUGUCAAGUGUUCAGCAGGUGCCAAACAGUGAGCUGGAGUAUUAUGAAAUUGGCAGCAUCUGUAGCGCACUUCAUUCAGACACUGCUUCACUGACACUCAGCUGGCAUAAACAUCUGUACAGCCCAACAUGUGUGAAAGCUAAUCCUAAACGGUGGGGAGAUUUGAGGAUGCUGUUAGCAGGAUUUAAGAAAGAAUGCUUCAGUGAAGAGAGGGCAAAAAAUCCUACAGAACCUCAAGAUGUAGCUUUCUUAAACAAGCAGCUGUUGACCAAGAUUGAUCCAGAGCGGUCCCAACCAAAGUUCCUGGAACCGGCCCAAUGUCUCACGUUCGAGGAAAUUGGUAAACUAUACACUCCUCUGGAGAAAAAAAUGUCACAACCAGCAUCCUUAGAGUUUGGACCUGACAAGUCCACCAUGAUGAACGGUGCCUCAUCUGACAGUGAAACAGGCAGCACAUUCACCUGGUCGGAGUCUGAGUGCGGACAGUUUUCUACCAUCAGCGCCAGGACAUAUAUACAUGACCUGACAUCCCUGUCAGCGUGCAGCUUCAGGCAACAAGGCAUCGUGCCUGUCCGCUCAUUCUUAAAACGCUCCUGUCACUCUGCUGCAGGUCAGCACAAAGCUGAGAGUGCUCCCUCAAGUAUGUUUGAGCAAUGGGGAAGUCUUCUAAACAUGCAUCUACCUUUCAGCAGCUAUGCUCCUGAGUGGAAUCCGGUGUGCUGGAGUCAGGUGUCCAGCUGCCUCUCAUCUGCCACAAUCAACUUCUGCUUCAUAUACCCGGUCCUACCCUAUCCUUCCAAUACUGCCACACUGCCAUUGGAACCAGACUCCAGCUACCGCUCCACUCCUGUUGUAAACCAAAGCAGAACCAGCACCACCACUUGA